GGGGUCGCUGGAAUGUCACGUCUUGGAUAGGUACCUAAUUGGCUCGGUUCUACAAAGGGGCACCAAAAGCUGAACACAACACCAAACCAUCACGACUCCCUCGCUAUGGAUGUCUUCAAGUACGCAGCAGAGGCGGAUAGUUAUGAUAAAUUAUCCGCCUUCCAGAUAUCUCGGUUUUUCAAACAGCAUAGUCCUACCACACGCGACGACUGCGAUCGCCCCGCCGCUGACAUUUUGAGCUGUCCCGUCGCCCCUACGCCAGCACAGGGUGCGACCAGCUAUACUGUGACAGCAACUGAAUCCAGUCAGACACUUAACGUGGUCUAAUUUCGGUCUAAAGAGUUGGAUAUGGAUCUCAUCGGACUUGCAAGACAAUCUUACGGGGAUUUAGU